AUGUCACUUAAUAGAACAGCUUGCCCAACUCUUUCCAAUAGCGUCUUCGAGAUGUUUAGCAUGAAAGGUAAAGUUACCAUCAUCACUGGUGCUAGUGGUGGUAUUGCUGCUGAAAUCGCUAAAGCUUUAGCUGAAGCUGGAUCAGAUUUAGCUUUAUGGUACCACAAUUCAACUUACGCCGAAGAAUUAGCUAAAGAACUUACUUCCACUUACGGUAUUAAAGCUAAAACUUAUAAAGUUGAUGUCAAAUCUUGGGAUCAAGUCAAUGGAGGUGUUACUGAAGUAGUUAAAGACUUUGGUAAAUUAGAUGUCAUGAUAGCCAAUGCUGGUAUCCCAGCUAAAGCCAGUUGUUUAGAUCAAACUUUAGAAGAAUGGCACGAUGUUAUUGACACUGACUUCAACGGUGCUUACUACUGUGCUAGAGCCAGUGGUUUCGUUUUCCAAAAACAAGGUUUCGGUAACUUAAUUUUCACUGCUUCCAUGUCUGCUCAUAUUGUUAACUUACCUCAAUUACAAGGUUGUUACAACGCUGCUAAAGCUGGUGUUUUACAUUUAUCAAAAUCUUUAGCUGUUGAAUGGAAAGAUUUUGCCAGAGUAAACUCAGUUUCUCCAGGUUACAUUGAUACUGCUAUUAGUGGUGAUUGCCCCGCUGAUAUGAAAAACCAAUGGUUCUCCAAAAUCCCAAUGGGUAGAGAUGCUGAUCCAAGAGAAUUAAAGGGUGUUUACUUAUACUUAGCUUCAGAUGCUUCAACUUAUACCACUGGUGCUGAUUUCGCUGUCGAUGGUGGAUACUGUGCUCCAUAG